AUUUUGUGACAUGCAAACAAUCAGCACUAUAAACUAUAGUGAAUUUCUCCAUUGUGAGAUCAAUAAAUUCUUAUCUAAUCUAAAAAAAAAAACCAAACAAAACAAACAAACUAGUCACACGCUUCCUACUGUCCACUACACCAUUAGACAGCACCACGGCUCCAGCCUUUCCAUCCAUCAGUGCCACCCAGGUGAGUGAGACGAGAGUCAAGCAGUGAUCUGUGACAGCUUUCACCCUGGGGUGCUUGACUCAUCUGCCAGCAAAGGCUCUCCAGCACCUCUUCAGCAUAUCCCUGCAGCUCUACAGGGUGCCUUCAAAGUGAAACCCUCCUGUCUGCUCCCAGUGCCAAAAAAAAGGUAUUCAAGUUACCUGACGCACUGUGAUGAUGGCACUGACAGCAUGUCUGCACCUGCAGGACAAACACCUUCACAGACUCAUUCAUGAGUCAGCAGUCAGCACAUAUGAUACUUCCUCUGUGGUAUAUAUUCCCUGUCUGCAUUGCUAUGAUUUGAUCAAUAUUCAUGUUGUCUGUGUGUGGAAAGUAAGUUGUUUACAUCAUGUUUUACUGUAAUAGAGAUUUGUUUUUAAAUUGCUUUCAGUGUUUAGAGGUUUUAACAUAAAUUAUGUACAGUAAGUAUGUAACAUAAAGUGUAAAGUAUAACAUAAACUAAUAGCAUUUAACAUUCAAGCCCUCUGACUUCCCACUGACUUUUCAUGCACCUCAAAAACAUAUUAAUGUAGUUAUACACCUGUAUAUGCAGUAAGUAUGCCGUGUGCAGAAGAAGUUACAGGAACUACAAAUCCCUAAAAUCUCUCCGUAGCAAUUGGUUGCCCAUUCCAACAUUUGAUUGGACGGAGUCAGUAAAGCUCCGUGUGAUUGGCCUACGGUGGCCAUGUUUGCAUUACCAGCUGUCUAGAUGCGAGCUAGCUAACCGGUUAGCUGUGUGAGGUGCAUUCGCCUCUUUGCUCGGGCUAAAAUAAACGAACAGCCCUUCCUCCCCGUAAACGCCGGCUUAUCUGGAAGUCGUAAUGCCGGUUCACUCCCGGGAGAAGAAAGAAAGUAACCACGAAGAAAUGGAGGUGGAUUUUCCCGAGCAAGACGGCAGCAGCACAGACGAGGAGGACACCGUUAGCUCGUCCGUGUCUGAAGAUGGAGACAGCUCGGACAUGGAUGAUGAGGACUGUGAGAGGAGGAGGAUGGAGUGCCUGGAUGAGAUGACCACCCUGGAGAAGCAGUUCACUGACUUGAAGGAGCAGUUGUACAAGGAGCGUCUGAGCCAGGUGGACAUCAAGCUGCAGGAGGUCAUGGCUGGCUGUGCCCAGGAGUACCUGGAACCUUUAGCCAACCUGCAGGAGAACAUGCAGAUCAGGACCAAAGUUGCUGGGAUCUACAGGGAGCUGUGCUUGGAGUCGGUGAAGAACAAGCACGAGUGUGAGAUCCAGGCUGCCUGCCAACACUGGGAGAGUGAGAAGUUGCUGCUGUUUGACACUGUGCAGAGUGAACUGGAGGAGAAGAUAAGAAGACUGGAGGAAGACAGACACAGUAUUGACAUCACCUCAGAGUUGUGGAAUGAUGGAUUGCACUCAAGGAAAAACAAGAAGAAAGACCCAUUCUGCCCUGUCAAGAAGAAGAAGCCCGUUGUUGUUUCUGGGCCUUAUAUCGUUUACAUGCUGCAAGAUUUAGAUAUUCUUGAAGACUGGACUGCAAUAAGAAAGGCGAUGGCAUCACUGGGGCCACACAGGGUGAAGGUGGAUGUUCCUGCAGUCAAGCCUGACAGACAUCACCAUGUGGCGCGCUCCGAGGACGGUCGACUUUUCUAUGACAACCAGUGGUACUGCAGGGGACAGGCCAUCUGCAUCAACAGGAAGGACGAGUACCCGACUAGCGCCAUCAUCACCACUGUCAACAACGAUGAGGUGUGGUUCAAACGACUGGAUGGCACCAAGUCAAAGCUGUACAUCUCCCAGCUGCAGAAAGGCAAAUACACUAUCAAGCACUCGUAAAAACACACACGCACACAGGCAAAGACCCUCAUCUCUGCUGUGUCUCUUUUUGUCUCCUUUCUGUGUGGUACCUUCCUACAUUCUUGCCAUAUGUACAGACACACGCACACAAACACACCUCACUUCACCUCC